GGCGACGCGCAGCCGGGCCCGCUCCUCCGCUCUGCCAGUGUCCGGCCGCGGGCCGGCCUUAGUGACUGGGGCGGCGGGCCCCGGGGCCGCGGCGUGGGGCGGCGGGCGGACGCCGGCUGCGGGCUGCCUUCGUCGGCCCUCGAGCUCGCCCGGAGCGAGCAGCCGCCCGCGAGCCGCCGCGGAGCUUCCUCGCCCGCUGCCGCCGGCGAGCAAGAUGAUGUGCGAGGUGAUGCCGACCAUCAGUGAAGCAGAAGGCCCCCCAGGAGGAAGUGGGAGCCAUGGAUCCGGCUCCCCUUCGCAGCCAGAUGCAGAUUCACAUUUUGAACAGUUGAUGGUCUCCAUGCUAGAAGAAAGGGACCGUCUUCUGGACACGCUGAGAGAGACUCAAGAAACAUUGGCACUAACCCAGGGGAAAUUACAUGAGGUUGGUCAUGAAAGAGAUUCCCUACAGAGACAGCUGAACACUGCACUUCCACAGGAAUUUGCAGCACUUACUAAAGAACUCAAUGUAUGCAGGGAACAGCUCCUUGAAAGGGAAGAAGAAAUUGCUGAACUGAAAGCAGAAAGGAACAACACCAGGCUGCUGUUGGAGCACUUGGAAUGCCUCGUCUCUAGGCAUGAGCGGUCCCUCAGGAUGACCGUGGUAAAGAGACAAGCUCAGUCCCCAGCAGGCGUGUCCAGCGAAGUUGAAGUGCUUAAAGCACUGAAGUCAUUAUUUGAACACCACAAAGCUCUGGAUGAAAAGGUGAGAGAGCGGUUACGAGUAGCACUUGAAAGAUGUAGUUUGUUAGAAGAAGAAUUAGGUGCCACACACAAAGAGCUAAUGAUUCUUAAAGAACAGAAUAAUCAGAAAAAAACACUAACAGAUGGAGUGGUUGACAUAAACCAUGAACAAGAGAGUACGCCGAGUACGAAUGGAAAGAGAUCUUCCGAUGGUUCUUUAAGCCAUGAGGAAGACCUUGCGAAGGUACUUGAGCUCCAGGAAACCAUAAGCAAGCAGUCAAGGGAGCAGAGCCAGAUGAAGGAGCGCCUGGCUGCCCUGUCCAGUCACGUGGCAGAGCUGGAAGAGGAUCUUGACACUGCUAGAAAAGAUCUCAUCAAAUCUGAAGAAAUGAACACAAAAUUGCAACGAGAUGUCCGUGAAGCCAUGGCCCAAAAGGAAGACAUGGAGGAGAGAAUCACUACUCUUGAAAAACGCUACCUCGCUGCACAGCGUGAAGCCACAUCUGUGCACGACCUCAAUGAUAAACUUGAAAAUGAAAUUGCGAAUAAAGAUUCUAUUCAUCGGCAGACCGAAGAUAAAAACCGCCAGUUGCAAGAACGCCUGGAAUUGGCGGAGCAGAAGCUGCAGCAGACUCUGAGGAAAGCCGAGACGCUCCCCGAGGUGGAGGCGGAGCUGGCCCAGAGGGUGGCGGCCCUUUCCAAGUCUGACCUUUUGUCUUCUGGGAGCUCUGCUGCUAAGGAAGCUAAACUGUUCGAACUUACUUCCAAGCUUAGGAAGGCCGAAGAGAGACACGGCAACAUUGAAGAAAGGUUACGACAGAUGGAAGCGCAACUAGAGGAAAAGAAUCAAGAACUGCAGCGGGCAAGGCAAAGAGAAAAAAUGAAUGAAGAACAUAAUAAACGUUUAUCAGACACUGUCGACAAGCUUCUUUCAGAAUCUAACGAGCGGCUGCAGCUCCACCUGAAGGAGAGGAUGGCUGCUCUGGAAGACAAGAAUUCUCUAUUACGAGAAGUUGAAAAUGCAAAAAAGCAAUUAGAAGAAACGCAACAUGAUAAGGAUCAGCUUGUCCUAAACAUUGAAGCGUUGAGGGCUGAACUAGACCAGAUGAGACUAAGAGGUGCUUCACUUCAUCAUGGCCGACCCCAUCUGGGCAGCGUCCCAGAUUUCAGGUUCCCUGUGGCAGACGGGCACGCAGAUUCCUACAGCACCAGCGCGGUGUUGCGGCGUCCCCAGAAAGGCCGUCUGGCAGCCCUGAGGGAAGAGCCUUCCAAGGUACAAACUCUUAAUGAACAGGAUUGGGAACGUGCCCAACAAGCUAGUGUCUUGGCAAAUGUAGCACAAGCAUUUGAGAGUGAUGUUGAUGUGUCUGAUGGUGAGGAUGACCGAGACACUCUCCUCAGCUCGGUUGAUCUGUUGUCACCCAGCGGGCAGGCUGACGCACAGACGCUAGCCAUGAUGCUUCAGGAACAGCUGGACGCCAUCAACAAAGAGAUAAGGUUGAUACAAGAAGAAAAGGAAAACACAGAGCAGCGAGCAGAGGAGAUUGAAAGUAGAGUUGGUAGUGGAAGUUUAGACAAUCUUGGUCGUUUUAGAUCAAUGAGCUCCAUUCCCCCGUAUCCUGCCUCCUCGCUUGCUGGCUCCUCCCCCCCAGGCAGCGGUCGCUCCACCCCAAGGAGGAUCCCGCACAGCCCAGCCAGGGAGGUGGACAGACUGGGCAUCAUGACUCUAUUGCCAUAUUCCAGAGAAGAGGUACGAGAUGACAAGACAACGAUAAAAUGUGAAACCUCCCCCCCUGCCUCCCCGGGGUCCCUCCGGUUAGAUAGGCCGCAGAAAGGAGCACUGCACACAGUCAGCCACGAGGACAUCAGGGACAUGAGGAACUCCACAGGUUCCCAGGAUGGCCCUGUGAGCAAUCCCAGCAGUAGCAACAGCAGCCAGGACUCGCUGCACAAAGCCCCAAAGAAGAAGGGCAUCAAGUCCUCUAUCGGUCGCUUGUUUGGCAAGAAAGAAAAGGGCCGACCUGGACCGGCUGGCAAAGCCGCGUUAGAGCAAGCUGGUGUUUCAGAGACAGAGAACUCAUCUCAAGAUGCCUUGGGACUUAGCAAAUUGGGAGGACAGGCUGAAAAAAAUCGUAAACUUCAAAAAAAGCAUGAAUUGCUCGAGGAAGCCCGGAGACAGGGUUUGCCUUUUGCCCAGUGGGAUGGGCCAACUGUUGUCGUUUGGCUGGAGCUCUGGGUGGGGAUGCCGGCCUGGUACGUGGCCGCCUGCCGAGCAAACGUGAAGAGCGGAGCCAUCAUGUCGGCGCUGUCCGACACAGAGAUCCAGAGGGAGAUCGGCAUCAGCAACCCCCUGCACAGGCUGAAGCUGCGGCUGGCCAUCCAGGAGAUCAUGUCACUCACCAGCCCGUCGGCCCCCGCCACGUCCAGAACGACACUUGCAUACGGGGACAUGAACCACGAGUGGAUUGGCAACGAGUGGCUCCCCAGCCUGGGCCUCCCGCAGUACCGCAGCUAUUUCAUGGAGUGCCUUGUUGAUGCCCGCAUGCUGGACCACUUGACAAAGAAGGACCUGCGCGGGCAGCUGAAAAUGGUUGACAGUUUCCACAGAAACAGUUUCCAGUGUGGAAUUAUGUGCCUGCGAAGGUUAAAUUAUGACCGAAAAGAACUGGAAAGAAAAAGAGAAGAAAGUCAGAAUGAAAUAAAAGACGUGCUUGUUUGGAGCAAUGAUCGAGUGAUUCGCUGGAUCCUGUCUAUUGGUCUUAAAGAAUAUGCAAACAAUCUCAUAGAGAGUGGCGUUCACGGUGCGCUUCUGGCCUUAGAUGAAACCUUCGAUUUCAACGCACUGGCGCUGCUGUUACAGAUCCCGACUCAGAACACACAGGCUCGUGCUGUCUUGGAAAGAGAGUUUAACAACCUUUUGGUCAUGGGGACUGACAGAAGGUUUGAUGAAGAUGAUGAUAAAAGCUUUAGGAGAGCACCUUCAUGGAGAAAAAAAUUUAGACCAAAGGACAUUCGUGGCUUAGCUGCUGGGUCAGCAGAGACUCUGCCUGCAAACUUCCGAGUUACUUCUUCUAUGUCUUCACCCUCUAUGCAGCCAAAGAAGAUGCAGAUGGACGUUUACCCACACUACUUCUACAGAUGAUUAUGCAGCAUUUUGAAUCCAACAAAGACUACAUUUUAGAAUUCAGUGGAAUCUUUAAUCUGUUAAUAAUUGUUAUAUGGACCCUAAGAUAUUUUAUUACAGAGUUUUUAAUUAGUAAAAAAUUCAUGAAUACCAUAGAGAAAAUAUUUUAGAAUUUAAUGUUUCUUAUAUUUAUGUAAACUUAUGACUCUUCAUUUAUAUAGUUACUUACUUUUUCAUGUAUAUCCAGGCUAUAAAUAUCCUUUCAAAUCAAGUUCUUAUACCUAAUUUUAGUCUUUCAAAAGAAUGUACUGUAAUGCUUGUAUGUAUAAAUGCUAUGAAUAAAUAUAGGGCUUUUGUAAAUUAUGCAUUUAUUGUAAUUAUCAUUGUUUAAUUUUUUAAUGAUAAACCAUGACAAAGGAUUUUACUAUGUUUAUAAAAUUAUCAUGACACAAGCAAUGUGCAUUGUCCUUUACAAAUGCAGCCUAGCUCUACAACAAUCAUUGGGAAAUAUGCAUACUUAAUUUCAAGCAAUUAUUGUCGUAUUUUAAUGACUGACCUUAAUACUUUUUCUAGCAAGAAAUGCUUUUUUUCUGCAGCGUGAACAGAUUUAAAAUAUCUGGUAUUAAAUAUCAGCUUCUAAUAAAAUUUGGACUGAAAAGGAUUAUCAGAACACUAUGAAAUCUUAGCGCUGGUUAACUCUUUCCUAGCCUAGUCUCUGGACUUGGGCAGCUCGUCUUCAGUGCCUGACAGAAGCUGGGAGCUGGGAAAAGUUUUCUCAGUGGGAAAGAAAGACAGGUAACCUGGGACCGGCCCCAGCCCUCCGAGCCUCCUUCCCCGCUUUCCUCCCCGGAGCAGGGGGAACGGCGCCGUACACCUACUCUUCGAGGACCAAUCACCAAGCUCUGCGCUCUCAUCUCACGGACGUCUCGGUGCAUAUAACAGAUGAAGGCAGGAGAUCCUGAGAACUGUGUUGUGCAACUCUAAUAAAGGCCUUAUGUUUCUUAUGUAAAUCAUCUUUUUACAUUUGUUUGUAAACAUGUUUAAAGAAUGAACCUAGUCGUACAUUUUUAGACUUUGAUGAUAUAGCCAUUUUGGAUUGUAUAAGUAGCAAAUGUAACUUUUCCUUUUUAAGCGGCAUAUUAAAAAGCCAGCAAGCGAUGUGUCAGAGCACGGUGCGUUAUUUAUUAUGCAGCUGAUACAGACAGAGAUGGCAUGUCUUUUUACAUUCGGUUUCUGCUUCUAAUUUACUUGUACAAUUCAUUGUUACUGUUCUGUUUUUCUAUUAAUCUUUUGUGAACUUCCUGAUCAUGUAACAAAGUAUGUACAGUCUACUUUUGAACUAUUUUUAUCACAGUAUUAUUUAUUGCUUUCUUUCAAUAAAGUACUGAAGCAUUUUCCACUGCCAA